GCCAUCCAUGCUGCAUUAAUUCAGUGUCCGAUUUCCGUUUUCUUACAAGGUCUCAGCUGUGAGGCAGCCCCGCCCUGAUAACUCACUUUAUGGCCUAGUGACUUCCCAAAAGUCAGUGUGAAGGCUCUGUCAUGGCAGAGCGCGCGGACUCCGGUGCGCUCUACGCGGCAAAGAGGAAGCAAGCGGCCCGGAGGAAGAGCCGACAGGGUCGGCACAGGACCACCGGAAACCGGGUGCGCCUUGAGAAAGUUCUUGGGAUCAGCACAGUCAGCAGCAGUGGCUUGACCUCUGACCCAAACUCUGGGCUGGUUGCCUAUCCCGCAGGGUGUGUGGUCGUGUUGCUCCACCCGCAGACCAACAAACAAAGUCACAUUAUCAACACGUCCAGAAAGCCUUUCAGUGCGCUGGCGUUUUCUCACGAUGGCAAACAUCUGGUCACUGGCGAGAGCGGUCACAUGCCCUGCGUGCGUGUGUGGGAGGUCGGCGGAGGUCAAGUUGCUGAAGUUCAGAAUCAUAAAUAUGGAGUUUCCUGUGUGGCCUUUUCCACCAGCAGCUGUUACAUCGUCUCCGUGGGAUACCAGCAUGACAUGAAUGUGUGUGUGUGGGACUGGCGGAAGGGGUCAAUCAUUGCCUCUAAUAAAGUGUCCAGCAGAGUGUCGGCCAUCUCUUUCUCCCAGGAUAACAGCUACUUUGUCACCGCUGGCCACAGACAUGUCAAAUUUUGGUACUUGAACGCCUCCAAGGAGCAGCAGGUCAACAGCACAGUUCCCCUUAUUGGUCGGUCAGGGUUGCUGGGCGACCAUAACAAGUGUGUCUUCAGUGGAGUGGCGUGUGGGCGUGGCCGCAUGGCAUCCAACACCUAUUGCAUCACCAGCUCUGCCUUGCUUUGUCAUUUCAAUGCCAGCCGGCAGCUUGAAGCCUGGGUUGACCUCGAGACGACGUCGGCAAGCUGCCUGGUGCUGACCGAGGACUUGAUUUUCUGUGGUUGUUCCGGUGGUAUAAUCCGAGCGUUCUCAUCUUCAAACCUCCACUACAUCACUACCCUCCCUCGACCUCACCGCCAGGGGGUGGAGCUUAUGCAGCCCAGCCCUUCAAGUUCCAAACCUGCAGCCCACUAUCCUGACACCGUGGCUCUGACGUAUGACGCCACGUCCGGACACCUGAGCUGCGUGUACAGUGACCACAGCGUUUAUGUUUGGGAUGUUGCAGACGUGAGGAACGUGAAGAAACUGUACUCCGCUCUGUAUCACAGCAGCUGUGUUUGGGACCUCCAGGUGUAUCCACAGCUGCCAGAUCCCUCUCUGGCUUGUCUGCCUCCUUCGUCCUUCCUCACCUGCUCAUCCGACAACACCAUCAGGCUGUGGCAUGCUGACUCCGCCCCCCGACACAACAACCUCUACAGCAAAGACCUGCUGAGGAUUUUACAUGUGGGGGGCGGCGCGCAGCACCUCCAGGGGGAUGGGGACAAGUCGGAGGCAGCAGGUGCUGAUGGAAAGCCUGGGAUCAGAGUCCUAGGGAUCAGUCCCGAUGGACGACACCUGGCGACUGGAGACCGCGGUGGAAACCUACGGAUCUUUGAUUUGGAGUUUCUGGAUGAGCUGGUCAAGAUUGAGGCGCACGACUCUGAGGUCUUGUCUCUGGAGUUCUCUCCCACUUCCGCAGGUGUGAAGCUGCUCGCGACCGCCAGCAGAGACCGACUCAUUCACGUCUUUGACGUGGAGAAGGACUACAGUCUGGUACAGACGCUCAACGAUCACUCCGCCUCCAUCAUCGCCCUCAAGUUUGCAGGUGAAAGUCCAGAGGUGCGGAUGGUGAGCUGUGGAGCCGAUAAGAGCAUCUACUUCCAGACAGCUGAGCGGAUGGCAGAGGAGGACGUCUCCUUCUGCAGGGCACAUCACGUGGUGGAAAAGGUAGCACUGCACGACAUGGACUUGGACUCUUCAAGGACACACGUCGCUAUUGCCUGUCAGGACAGAAAUGUCCGGGUGUACAACGUGGAGACAGGAAAGCUAAAGAAAUGUCUGAAAGGAUCAACGAGUGACGAAGGAGCUUUGCUGAAGCUCCACUUGGAUCCAUCAGGCUCAUUCCUCGCCACCAGCUCCUCUGACAAAAACAUCUCCAUCUUGGACUACAAGUCAGGAGAGUGCGUUGCCACCUUGUUUGGACAUUCAGAGGUUGUGACGUGUAUGAAAUUCAGUCAAGACUGCAGACACCUCAUCACCGUGGCCAGGGACAGUUGCGUGUUUGUGUGGCGGCUAGACUCCCACAUGACCAGCACCAUGAGAAGCAGACGGGCCCCGUUGGCGACAAAGGCCCCCAGCAGCAUCAGGAGGGAAACCUUCAUCACUACACCGUCCUGCUUGCUAGCUCACGUAGAGGAGGAGCGGGCAAAGCUCCAGACACCAGCCAGACGCAGCCCCGAAGGACCUCCGCCACUGCAAUCCAACGGCAAGCUGCCCUUGUGGUUCCGAAAACUGCAAGGUCAGACUGCUGGCUGCCUCCAAGCCCAACCACAUCCAGAACAUCAAGUGCGGAAUCGCUGGCUGGAAGGAAUGGACCCUUCGACCAUCUGCUUGAACUUCUCUACCAGUCCCAGCAGGAGCCCGCAGGAGGAAGGGGAGGUGGAAGAGGAGGUGGAAGAGGAGGCUGAGAUUGCAGGUGGUGACUGGACCUGCUCCUCGUCCACCACUGACAGGGAUUUUGAUGUCCAGCAUGUGUCUUCUUUGAGCUUGUCAAAGAGCGGAGAAGAAGGGGUGGAGCCAGGUUGGACCAGUCAGCUGAGCCCGGACUCUGCCUGCUUUGAGGGGUCAGGAGGCAGUUUUGAGCCGCAGCACGACACCGCAGACAUGGACUCUCUGAGUCAGGCCAGUUCAGGCCCGGAUGAGGACGAGGACGAGGACCAAAGUUCUGCUCCAACUGAAGAAAAGUUUGACACUGAUCUGCGCGCCAUGAAGCCGGCUGAGGACAGAUUCUUUUUGAACCCGCGCCUCAGCAUCUCCACACGCUUCCUGUCCCGCUUUCAGCACCGCCUCGGGGGGGUGCCGAGCAAAGCCGCAACCACCGUCACCAUUCCGAGCAUGAUAUCAGAGGACGUCGGCAACACAACGGUGAAUUCCGAGUCGCUCUGCGCCGCUGCGACGUCUGAUCUGACAGCGAAAGAAGGAAACAGCGUGACAUCUAACAGAUCCAUCAUCCGACGGAGACGCUCCUCCUCCAUGAUCUCCCGUUUGCAUCGCCAUCAGCCACCACGCAGACGACGCACUGUGGUGGUCUUCCAAUGCAGUCAGUAUGCCACCUCCAGGACACUGGACACUGUCCAGCAGGGAUUGCCACACCUCGGCUACCUGGGAACCACGGCCAGCUCCAGAGCCAAGGCCAGUCAGGACCCACCCGUCGGUCCGGCCCGAGAGGAGGACAAGGAGCAAGUCUUGACUUGUGACCUCCAGACCAUCAGACAUGAUCCGCAUAUGGACCAGAGCAGCAGCGAGACGUCAGUGUUGUCCCAGACACCUGCUGGAAACCCUCAGCUGAUGGCCAUACCCUCUGAGGUGGUGAUGUCACCACUCAGUAGCAUGGACGACACUCUGACCAAUCACAUCCUCGGUUCCAGCCUGAGUGACAUCACCACCAAAGUGUCUUCAGAUGAGGAGACACAGGAAGAAGUUGUAGGAGAAGCACCACGCAUGCCGACAGCCGAGUCGUGUUCUGUCGCCUCGGCUCCAUCAGAAAGUCCCGCCCCCUCUCAGACAGGCCCUGCAUAUGGUGUGGAGCGUGUGAGCUUGUCGCAGUGCGAGCAGGUCGCUGAUGAGCUGAGACGGACGACGAGACAAGCCAUGGACAUGUUCAAUCACCUUGCUGCGACGACGUGUGGCGGCGAGCAGAUGGAGGCCAUCUUAUGGGAAGCGUUUGAGCUGGUUGAGUCGGAACUCAAGGCGUUGAUGCACGCGAGGCAACGGCGCACUCUGUGGCAAUCUGGAAGAUGAUGGAACCGAAUGCUGACUUGUUUUUUUUAUGUUUAAAGUGUAAAAUAAAAUUUUCAGAUAUUUCAAG